AGCAAAACGCAGUCUAAAUCGUGGAAACUCUUUCCGCGCCGCAACGCACGCACGAAACCACAAAGAGAAUAAAAACGCAUUCAUUUCUAAAAACAUUCAAUGCGAACAAGACGAAGGGUGUUGCCCUGUGGCCAUCCUGUGUUUCCCGCUGCCUGCCGUUGCCUCCAUGUGGGUUUGGCGCAGACGUCCAGCGUGCUACGUGCGACGCGUGCGGAGAAGCAUUGGUUCCGCGCCGCAGCAGCGGAGAAUCGGCAGCGCGCGUCCAGAAGCGGCUCUUCUAUCUUCUCGCGGCGCAACCGCCCCUCGACGACAACGCACGACAUUACGUCCGCUGCGCUGAGAGGAGGUGCUGCGUCCUCCGACACCGCAGCGUCCUCUGCAUCGCUAGCCCUGCCGCCGCUGCGCUGUCCUGGCGGUCCGCGUAUCAAGGCAGAAGGCAUCAAGCAACUCUACAAGGUCCCCCACGCCGGCUUCCUCGCCAAGUACGAUCAACGCUUCAUGCUCAACUUGAAACUCACCCAUCAGCUCGUCAGCUACCUAAGUCGCACCACCCUCACCACGCCGGAUAAGGUGCUGGUGGAGCUGGGACCCGGCGUCGGUUCCCUCACGCGCAGCUUACUCACCCGCCCCUGUGUCGGUGUUCUCGGCAUCGAGGUGGACGAGCGCUUCAACCCGCAUCUGGAGCAGAUCCGCAGCUACACGAACAACACCUUUCAAUGGGUCAACGCCGAUGUGCUGAAGGUGGAUGAGCUCCAGCUGCUCAGCGCAGCGUUUCCAAAGUUUGUCAAGUCGAACCUUCGGCACCCACCGGGAGCACCGGGUGAAAGGAGGAAGGAAGGAGAAGACAACAGCAAUGAGACGAACAGCUUCGGCGGUGAUGGGCAGGAUGAUUUGAACGGUGGUGGUGACUAUGAGGGCGCACCAUUGCGUUCGGCCCAGCGGGAGCGACUGCUGCGCAAGCGUCAGGCACGCGCACCGUACCAGCACGGCGAAGCAACGCGCCGAGGCGGUGGAGCAGAGGAAGCGUCAGAUUGGAGCAUCCCAUCCAACCCAGCCUUCGACAUUACGGACCAGUGGUGGUCAAGCGGGGCCGCUAAGGUGGAGGUGAUUGCCAACCUACCCUUUGAGAUUAUCACAGAGCUGCUCAUGCGGUACGCGGCAGACUGCGCGCGGCACCGCGGCAUCUUCGCCUUUGGACGGGUGCCGGUCCACGUCUUCACCCAGCGCGAAGUGGCGGAACGCAUUUUAGCUCCCGCCGGUUCCGUCGAGUUCAGUCGCCUCUCCGUGCUCUGCCAGUGUUUCUUUAACGUGCGACUAAAGCAGACCUUUGUAGACCAGACCUACUACCCUCGCACCGAAGUGGAAGGCGCGAUGCUGACCCUCGAGCCGCGCACCGUGCCUCUCGCCCGCGGCCUUGACGCUUCUACGCUUAUUCACUUCACAAACCUGCUGAUGAAGCCUGGGAUGCGGGGAGCCACGGUGCACAAGUCGCUCAUGAAGUUUGCGCCGCCAGAGCUGGUGCAGUACAUGUUGCAGGAGCUGCGGAUGGACGGUGCUAUGACAGUGCUGGAUCUAUCGGUGGCCGAGGUGACUAAGAUGGCCUUGUUGUGGCAGCAGUUCUUGACAGUGUCGCAACAGCAUCAGCAGGGCUAUCAGCCGCCGCAGCAAGAGGGAGAAGCGCAAGGGAGCCGCGCCUCUGGUGCUGACCUCGGGGCGAGUUCGUCAGCUGCCUCCGCACAGCAGCUGUGA